AUGGCUGCAUCAAAUCAAGCCACCGCAGACACUUGGGCCCCCGACUCUUGGAGGUCAAAGCCCAUCAAGCAGUGCCCCGAGUACCCGGACAAGAAAGCUCUUCAGAAAGCGAGCAGCGAGCUCAAGAGGCUGCCCCCGAUUGUCCACCCGCGAGAGAUUGUGCGGCUCAGGCAGCAUCUGCGGGAUGUGGCGCAAGGGGAUGCCUUCUUGCUCCAGGGAGGCGACUGCGCGGAGCUCUUUGACUAUUGUGAGCAAGGCGCGAUCGAGUCCAAGAUCAAGCUCCUGCUGCAGAUGAGCCUGGUCCUCAUCUGGGGCGCCAACCGCAAGGUGAUCAGGAUAGGCCGCAUGGCCGGCCAGUACGCCAAGCCGAGGUCGAGUCCCUUCGAGAAGGUCGAUGGCAAGGAGGUACCUUCUUUCAGAGGCGAUAUCCUGAACGGCUUCGCUCUCGAUGAGCGAGAGUUGGAUCCCAACAGGAUGGUCCGGGCGUACCACCAUUCAGCAGCGACGCUCAACUACAUCCGCGCGGCCCUCGCCUCGGGCAUCGCGGACCUGCACCGCCCUCUCGACUGGGGCCUGGGCCACGUCCGGGACCCGACGCUCAAGGCCAAGUACUCGGAGGCCGUCCAGUUCCUCACGGACAUGCUGCGCUUCAUGCACACCAUCGGCGCCGACAAGAGCGACAAGCUCGACACGGUCGACCUCUUCACGAGCCACGAGGGCCUGCUGCUCGAGUACGAGCAGUCCAUGACCCGCCUGCUCGACAACCCGCUGCACGUCCCCACCGCCCCUUCUUCUUCUCCGUCCGCCCCGGUCGCCACCGCUGCCGAGGGAGACGACGACUCCCACACGCAGCAGAGCCCCAAGAUGUACUACAACACCUCGGCCCACUUCCUCUGGAUCGGCGACCGCACGCGGCAGAUCGACGGCGCCCACGUCGAGUACUUCCGCGGCGUCGCCAACCCGCUCGGCGUCAAGGUCGGCCCCACCACGCCGGCGGCGGACCUGCUCGCCCUGCUGCGCGCGCUGAACCCGGCCCGCGAGCCGGGCCGCGUGACCCUCAUCACGCGCUACGGCGCCGACCGCGUCCGCUCGCUGCUGCCGGCGCACAUCCGCGCCGUCGAGGACUCCGAGUACCGCCGCCGCGUCGUCUGGCAGUGCGACCCCAUGCACGGCAACACGCGCUCCACGGCGGGCGGCGUCAAGACGCGCCGCUUCGGCGACAUCUUUGCCGAGCUGCGCGAGACGCUCGCCGUCCACCGCGAGCAGGGGUCCUACCUCGGCGGCGUGCACCUCGAGCUCACGGGCGACGCCGUGACCGAGUGCACGGGGGGCAGCGAGGGCCUCGCCGACGACGACCUGUCGACCAACUACACGAGCUUCUGCGACCCGAGGCUCAACGAGAAGCAGGCGCUCGAGCUGGCCUUCCUGAUAGCCGACCACUACAGGGCGGAGGAGAAGAAGGGAGAUGGGGCGACUGCGGCGUAG